CGGAAUACGAAAGAAAAGAGGGAAGGAUGAUAGUUAUCAUACAUCACUUUGAUGGCCUUUAUUUUUUGGCUUGCAUGGAAAAGUGUGGCAAUCUUUAUUGAUCCAAUUUAAUGCUUCCAACUACCCCAACACCCUUUAAUUAGCUAAGUUGCAUUAUUCAUAAGUACUAGUAGUGCUACCUAUCAUUCACCCAAUUUCUUCUCUUACAAUAAAAUCAUUUUUUAGAAAGGAAAAAAAAAAAGCCAAAAAGCCAAAAGAGAGUACAAUAUUACAUAAUGAAAACUAGUAGUACAAAUAUGGCUGGAAGUAGUCCACUACAAAAGAGAGAAUUAGAAGAUGACAAUGAAAGUAGUAGCAGUAUGAGAACAGCUGAGACUAUGCUGCGUUUGUUACCUAUGGGGCUUUGUGUUGUGGCUCUUGUUAUUAUGCUCAAAAAUCAACAAACUAAUGAUUAUGGUUCCAUUACUUACUCUGAUCUUGGAACCUUUAGGUAUUUAGUACAUGCAAAUGGAAUUUGUGCAGGUUAUUCACUUUUAUCAGCAAUUGUAGCAGUCGUACCUCGUCCCAUAACGAUGUCUAGAGCCUGGACCUUCUUCCUCCUUGAUCAGUUAUUGACAUAUGCAAUACUGGCUGCUGGAGCUGUAUCGACGGAGGUGAUGUAUUUAGCAUAUAAAGGAGAUCCAGAAGUUUCAUGGAGUGAAUCAUGUGGUUCAUUUCGAGGUUUUUGCCACAAAGCUACAGCAUCUGUGUCCAUUACUUUCAUAGUAAGCCUUUGUUAUGCAGGGCUUUCGUUGCUUUCGUCUUAUCGGCUUUUUAGCAAGUAUGAUGCACCAGUUGGAUCGUACAACAACAAAGGGGGAAUUGAGAUUGCUAACUAUUGAGAUUUUGAAACUGAUCCCUCUUUAGUUUUGGUUGUUGGUGUUGGUUUUUACUAUAUCAUGUACACGGCUAAUGCUAAUAAAUUAGAUAAUUAGGUACAAUCAAGGAUGUUGCUUUACUUUUUCUCUUCUUUUUUUCUUCGUGAAAAGGAUGUUGUUUUGUCUUGAAAUAUCAUAUCUGGUAAAUUUGUGACCUUCAAAUCAUUCUUUGGUCCCA